CAAUGAGGCAUGGAGUUACUCUCGUCGCACGCCACAUUGAAAGCUUGCGACAUGCCGCGAAGCCGCUCAGUCGUGCGCCAGCUCUCGUGUAGGUGAUAUUGUUUCCCUGUUUUCCGAGUAUUAUCCCUUGUGGUGUACCGCAACCGCGAACACGAAAAAGCCCGCGUAGGCGUGGUGAACGCGUUGGCGCAUACGGACCACGAGGUUUUAAUUAAAUAAUAAUCAACGAUCUUGUGUCCUCCUAAAGGGGGACGGACGAAAGUUAGGGCGGUGUGCGUCUUUGUCCUCGAAAAUUGGAAUAGUCGAGGGUCACAUUUUGAUACUUGGAUCAGUGUCAGAUCUCGGCCCGUCCGCACGGGAAAGUCCGCGGCUCGUCGUUCGAGGUCGUUUUCUCGUGACAGAGUUUCAGAACGACACGUCUGACUCUCUGUUCUUCCCGUGAAUAACGUGUCGUCUAAUUUUGUAAUCCAAAGUACGGGUAAAUCAUUCAAAGAAAUUGGUAGUAAAAACAAACGGACGAUCGAUUUCACAAACAAUCGGAUACUUACAUUCAACAGAAUAGAAGAAGGUGAUAACAAAAUCGCGGAAAGAUAUAUAUCAUAAUUGUGAUGUGCGAGUGAGCGAUGGAGUCACCAGUCAUGUACGAUUCCGCGGCCCAUCAGGCCCAGGCCCACGGCGCGGCUGAUCUCAAAAAGUCUCAAAUACUCAACAACAACAACAACAACAACAAUAACAACAACCAUCAGAGUAACAACAACAACAACAACACGGCGAACAACAACAACUCAGCUCUGCAGGUGAAUCACAAUCACAGUCAACAGCAGAGCAGUUCGGUGGUGAGCAAGGUCUCGGCGAGCAAGGCUAGCCUUCAUCAACAAUACGCGGAACAUUGCGCCGCGGCCGGUGAGCUGACAGACCUGAAUACGCCAGAGAUAUCGUUGGAUCUACAACACCUGAUCGACGACAGCCAUUUCAACGACGGCCUGUUAGAUAUGCUAGGUGCCAAUAACGGAGCCGUGAAACAUGCCAGAACACCGGGUUAUCCACGUACCACGCUCGCCUAUAUGCCGCAACCUGUCCACAGCGGGGCAAGUUAUCACCAGGGCAGCAACAGCUGUAGCGACAGCAACAGCUCGAGCUCCGAAUCGCCCAGCAUCAAAGAGGAGCCACUCGACCCGGCGGACUAUCGUCGCCACUGUCCGCAGUAUCCACCAGGUGGAUACAGUCCAGUUACAAACGGACCGUUCGCCAACGGAGCACCAACCUUCACAACUUUGACACCGUCCACGGUGCCCGGAGGCCACCCUGGCGCGCCAGUGCACCAACCAGCACCUCGAGGCGGACCGAUGAAGCCAGUGAUGGCGCAUCAACAUCAUGCCAACACCGCCGCGGCUGUUGCCAGGAAACAGACCAAGACCAUUGACAAAGCCAGCGACGAGUACAGAAGACGGCGUGAAAGGAACAAUAUUGCGGUGAGGAAAAGUCGCGAGAAGGCGAAGGUACGAUCGAGGGAAACCGAGGAGAAGGUGAAGCUACUGGUCAAAGAUAACGACUUGCUCAAAAAGAGAAUCGAACUGCUGACGGAGGAACUAAACGUUCUUAGGUCUCUGUUCAGCAGUGUCGGCGUGGUACCGGAACAGCUGCAUCGCGAGAUCUCGAGGCACCUCGAUCAAUUCCAACAACACGCGGUGGGACCUAUGUAGCGCACUAUGUCGGUGUCGUUGAGUAUCGCGGUGGCAUCGUGCCGCCUCUAUUACACCUUUCUCUCGUUCACCGGCCUUCGUCCCUUGCCUUUCAAUCCGAUAUCAUUGCGAAAGAAAGUCAUUUGCAAGAGACUUCCGCUUUCCGGGCCGCCCGAUGGUCCCGCUCGAUCCUUUCGCAUCCACGUCAUCCGGAUCUAAGAAAACCGUCUUGUAUUGAAAGCUGUGGACGUUAAUACGUCUUUUGUCCUCACUGUUGCACGGUGAAGAACGCGAGAUGCGCACGUGCGUUUGUUCAAGAGAAACGACACACGCAGCUCGCGGACAGAAGAGAAGACGUGGUGGGAAUGAGAAAUAGCGAGUAAGUAGAAGGGAAGGAACGCGCGAAGGAGAGUAGAAGAAGGGAGAGGCGUGACUCGUUUGAGAGAAGAGACGCUCGAUGGUUUCACACCGGGAAGAGCUUUUUGGUAGCUAAAGCUUAUGUCAACAAUCUUACGUGUGGAAGAAAAGUGCCUCUGCUCCAAGGCGAACUUUUGUUUACAUCGAGUGCAUCGGACAUUUUUCCCCUGUCCGUUUCUAGACAAUACGCAACGACAUGGAGAAGAAAAGAUUUACAAAAACGAAAAAAAAAAAAAGGAAAGUAAAGCGAACAGAAGACGCGAGGAAUGCUUUGCGAGGCCUUUCAAGUUGCGAUCCUCUUCUUCGGGCCUUCGGUGUUACGCGAGAAAAUAGAUGAAAAUUAAUCGAGAUGAACGAUCGAUUCAUUCGAUCGUCUUCAUUUCUUUCUUUCUUUUUUUUUUCUUCUUCUUUUUUCGUAUCUAACUUUUAUUUUUUUUCUUUCUUUUCUCUGUCUUCUUUUCUCAAUGUACGUAAGACUGGGUGGUGGUUACCGUAUAUCUCGCGGAUUCGCCACCUUAUUUGAUCGCGUAAUUCACAAUACGAAUGAAACGCACGUUGCGAUUUUGAAUAAAUGAUGCGUGGAUGUGUACACACGCAUCAAUCACACUCUCACAUACAUAAUGCUCACACGCAACAGAAAUACUUGCUUACGCAGAAACGAGUGUCAACACGUGCAUGCGCGUAUCGUCACGCGUAUAUCUAAAUUCGUUUGCAUAAAUCUUCGAUUUUCUUUAUACAUUUUCAACACAUCUUCCAUUGAUCGUACAUACGAGUACAAAGCAAAACGCGCACACUUACAUGUACAUACAGAUGUGCACACGCAUACAUACAAAUUCACACACACAAAUCUACAUGCAAAAGUGACGAUGUGAUACAUGCACUGCGUUGCGUUCAGACUCUUAAAUAUCGACUGGUCAAAUUAUUAGAUUAUCGUUCUCAUUACCAAGUACCUAAAAAGGCAUGCCAAGGUAUCGUAAUUUGCUAUCAGCAUCGUUGCGAUAAAAAUGUCUAUAUAUCUUUUAGAUUCGUGCGUUAUAUUUUUCUUGUCGGAGUGAAAUGAUGCGACUGUCUCCUCGAAAAAUGAGCAUACACAAAUACAUACACACAUACACACAGAAAAUGGAAAGCACUCUUAUCACAUCUUGUAUUAUAGCUCUAUAUUUUAAUUUUAUUAUAUUUGAGAUGUAUGUACAUAAAAAAAAAAGCUAAUAUAUUUUGUUAGAGAAACGAAACGAAAUGGACUCGUGUUUUUUGUGAGAGAACGAGAGAGAAAGAGAGGGAGAGAAAGGACGAGCGCGAAAGGACAAAAGGAAAGCGAAAAUAAAAAAAAUUAUAAAAAAUGUAGAAUGUGUGCGAACAUGUGUCCAACAAAACUGAUUGUUAUAAUUAUACGUUUUAAUGUGAACAACGAGUUAGAAGAUUACAGCGAGACAGGAUGGGAGGAGAGAUAGAUAAUUCGUUGACGUUACCAGAGAUUUGGUUCAACCGAAUCCCUUUUAUCUUGAGUUACCGUAAUAAUCGCGUGAAGCGGGCUUCAUUCUUUUCAUUUUAUCGUCCUCUUCGUUCGUAGAUUCGAUCGCGUACGAGAAAACGAUAUUUGUUAUUACCUUAUAUACGUACUUGUGCGACAAGUUUAAUAUUUUUUUCUCUUCUUUAUUUUAUUUUAUUUUAUUGUAUUUUCUUUUUUUUUUUCAAGAUGUUUAUCGGGUCUCUCGGUGAUGCACGACUCAAAACAAACGUGUGUACGUGCAUAUCACUUACAUGUCCGCGCACAUCAUGCAUGCCCGCACACGAGCGUGUAUGUGCAUGUACACGCGCUCCUUGGCGUAUGACUGAUGUAUGUUAGGUACGAGAUUACCUGUCACGGUUGUCUUCUUGUCUAUGCACAAAUAUAUUUUGAUAUAAAAGUA